GGAGCUGAAGGAGAGGGAGGGGAGCAGGAAAAAAACCACUGAAACGAAGCCCAGGAGAGAGAAAAGCUAAAAGGAGUUGUAGAGAGAGUUGGUGAAUACAUGACAUGGGAAACGGCAGACAGUGUGGUUUCAGCUAGCCAUCUACUGAAGAGGACACAUUGGCCGCUUUUUCAGAGACGAGGGUUGGGCUGGGGCCCGAGCAUCUGGGUCCAGGACCAUGUCUGCUAACAAGGACUGGGGUGUGCCACCCGAUGUUGAGGGCAGCGUCUCUGCGAAGUUAUUGAGGAAGUCCAGGGAGUCACCACUGGUACCUGUGGGCCUGGGGGGCUGCCUGGUGGUGACAGCAUAUGGCAUUUACCGGCUAAAGGCCCGAGGCCCUCUCAAGAUGUCUCUACACCUGAUCCACACCAGAGUAGCAGCUCAGGCCUGUGCUGUGGGAGCCAUCAUGCUGGGUGCGGUGUACACCAUGUACUGUGACUACAUCAAGAGAACAGCACACGAUGGUGAGGAGAAGUAGGAGCCGUAUGGAGCUGGGACAGUCAGAUUCCCUUAAUGAGCCCCUUGUAUGCUUCCCAAUAAAGUGCUUCUGAGGAUAAGCA